AUGGAUAGAAAUACAACAGAAGAUUCGUUUACAUUAGAUAUUCAGCCUGAAAAGACUUUGGAAGAAAAAUAUUACAUGAUUCAACUAAGAAAAGUGUUUAACGAUUUGAUGGAACUUCAGUCUCUAUCUAAUAAAAACUUUGUUUAUUAUAUUACUAUUUGUAUUAUCUCUCUUACAGUGGGAGUUGCGCUUUCAAUUUCAGAUAAAAAUAGUAUGGCGUCAUUAAGUAGUAAAAUUCUUUCAACUUCCAUUUCUGGAAUAGGAGGCACUACAACUCUUUUUGCAAAUAUUUUUUCUCUUAAAAAGUUUUUUACUAGAAAAAAAUUAGAUACCGUCGAUAAAUUGAACAAAGAAGAACAAGAGUACAAAUCAGAUGCUAUUGAUAUAUUGGACAAAGAACAAGUUAAUAAAUCAAAUACUAUUGACAUAUCGAAUAAUGAACAAGAAUCAGAUAUUCCCAGGCGAUAUAGUAGUUGGAAUCUUGAAAGAAGGAAAAUUGAUAUUAUUAUUGGCUAUGAAAAAAAAGAUAGAGAACAAUUUUAUUUUAUGAAAAAGUUGUUUAAAAAUGCAGAGAUUACAUUUAUUGUUGCGUCUAUAUGGAUUAUUAUAUUUUCGUGUCUUAUGAUUUAUCUGGCUAUAUAUUCUAUUGCUACGUUAGCGAAUGAGGCUAGUGAAAAUGAUGAAUAUUAUAAAACUUAUAAAGAUUUGUCCAAUUGUCUUUUUAUAUUUUCUGUAAUUAGUAUAAUUUUUUCCCUUACAUAUAUAUAUCAAAUUAAAAUAAGAACUCCUAAAAUAGUAGAAAAAAAAAAGGUUUAUUAUGAAUCUAAAAUCCCUUUAAGUUACUUAAAUUUAGAUGAAACAAUUCAGUUUUAUCAUUAUUUAAAUAUCUUUAUGAAAGGUUUUUAUAUCAUUAUUUUGGGUUCAAUCGGUUUUAUAACAUCUAAAAAAGAUAAGAAUGGCAAUGAGAAAAUUUUAACAGUAAGAAGAAUUGUAUUAAAUCAAACAGAGAUGGAGAGUAUCAAACGUCUUCUUCAUGGCUUGCCUCCAAUUCCAAAUAGUUAG